CAGGCGAGCCAGUCAUGGCGGCCAGGGCCGUGUGGCAAUAUCGCGGCCAGCCCCGAGAGGGACCGGACACGGUGCUCAUGCAAUUUUCAAAUGGGAAACUCCAGAAUUCCGAAAAUGUGGAUUUUACCUUAUAUAAGAACAAUGACACCAUUAAUCCCAGAAAGAAGCACAGAAGGAUCCUGGUGGCUGAAACCGGCAGACUUUCCUACAUGGGAAGCAAUUUUGGAACGGGAGUUCUGAAAUGCAACUCCUUAUGCAGCUACUUCAUUGGUGUCUUGAACAAGGAUUCUGGGAAAAUGGAAAUUUUUGACGCCGAACUGUUUAACAUGCAGCCAAUGUUUUCAGAUGACUUAAACGAGAGUGAAGCUGCCUCAGAAAAUCAGGCCAAAACUUACAGAGAAAAAGUGGAUUCUUGUAUCGAAGCCUUUGGUACUACCAAACAGAAGCGAGCUCUGAAUGCCAGAAGGAUGAAUGCAGUUGGCAGUGAAACUUUAAACAUAGCUGUUGCCAAAGCAGUAGAAAACAUCAUAGAUACAAGGGGUGUGGAUGCUUUAGUCAGUGAGGCAACUCCAGAUAAAUUAGAAGAGGAAUCUGUCUUCCUGCCUCCAUGCCAUGUUGACGCUGCCAAACCAGAAGACAUUUACAAGUUUGAAGACCUGAUUUCCUCUGCGGAAUAUGAAGCCCUUCAGAUUCCUUCUGAAGCUUUUAAGAAUAUUACAUCGGAAGAAAUAUUGAAAAUGGUCCAAACGAAUAGUCAUUGCUCCUUUGUCAUAGAAGCGCUGAAGUCAUUACCUUCCAACGAAGAGGUCCGUGACCACAAGGCCCGAUGUCUUUGGUAUCUGAACACUCUCAUCAGAUUUGGCUUCCAGAGGGUGAUAAAGCGGAAAAGUGCAGUGGGACAAGGCAUUCCUCACAUCAUUAAUUCGAAACUCCUGAAAAACUUCACCGCCUUAACAUAUAACAAUGGCAGAGUACAGAACUUAAUUUCGGCUUCAAUGAAGGCUAAAAUAAUGGCUUACGUAAUAGCAUUGGCAUUGCACAUAAGUGACUUCCAGACAGAUCUGACGGUGCUACAGAGGGACAUGAAACUCAGUGAAAAAAGAGUCCUGGAGCUCGCCAAAGCCAUGCGAUUAAAGAUCUCCAAAAGGCGGGUGCCUAUGGGAGGUGAAGAAGAGGAUCACAAAAUUGGAAUUUUAACACUUCCCCUCCCGAUCUACCAACCUGCCAACAGCCAACGGAAGCGCAAGAAGAUGUUCUGAAAACUUGCCAUCCGGAGUUUUCAAGAAAGGGUCGUGUCAUCUCGGGACAGAGACCCACGCAAGACCCCCAACUUCCUGCCGCCACUUGUAAAACUGCUCAGCAGAGGAACUGAAUUCGUGCCAUUCAGUUUAUUUGGCUAGAAACCAGCGUUUUAAUCCUGGUGAGAACUGAUCUGUUGACCAGGAAAACAAAUUAAAUAAUGCUCCGAUUCUGA